GAUAUCUUUUUCUUCUGUGCAACCUCCUCCUCUGGUUUAGGAACAGUCUGUUACUGGUCAGCAUCGUCUCCGCGUGGCAGGUUUUACAAAAGAGGCAAAUUAUUCGACUUCUUCUAGAUUUUUUCCAGUUUUUUCUAUAAAUCAAAACAUCUCAAAAUGGAGGCCUAAAACCCUUAAAAGGGACUUAGUCUAAUCUCCGGGAGGUAGUUUUGUGCAUGAAUAAACAAAUUCAAUAGUGAACUGGAGUUUUGGUAUCCAAAGAAUGUUAAUUUAAAAAACCUAGACCAUAUGAGCGAAUCUAGUCAUAUGAGUUGUAACUAUGAAGUGAUGAUAAUCUUGGUUUGAAUCUGACUUGUGACAUAAAGGAGAAGUGAUUCUGGCUGGAACAUACUGUUGAGCCACGGACUGCGGUGCAGGAUAGAAAAAAGGAACUCGUGUUUCGUAGAGAUCUAAAAAUGAGUGGUAGUUAUCUAGAACAAAGAGUAAGUAUUUCAGCCCUCUGCUAAAUUAGAGAAAUAUGCAGGAGAGACCUCUGACGGGUGGGAGUCAAGAACUCCAACGUCAAGAACAAGAUUUCCCAAUACAACACAUGGAGAGAGAGAAUGACACGUGAGCAACUGGUGAAGAAAUUAUCUAACCAUGUAGAUGACCAUCGAUAUGUUAGAAGUCCAAAAUUUAGUUUGUUCAAACGUGCUAUUGUCUGUGAGAAGGAUAGCAGUGGGAAUCACGGCUGGGGGGAAAUGAACAGACUUAGCAGAGAAGAGGUACACAGAGAAAGGGAUUGGCACCAGGAAGGUUUUUAUAACAAUGUGUAAUGUUUUUGUCCAGUGACAAGCAAACCAAAGUGAGGCACGGUAACUUAGCUUUGAGGGAAAUCAUCAUGGGUAUGGAGAUACAUUUCUCAUGCCAUUUGGACGUAAAGCAUUACAGUCUGCGUGGAAGCCCCAGCAUGAGUGCACCAGGGGCCAGACUGCUGCUAGAAAACCCAUACGGCUUGUUUGCUGGUCCUUGCUAAUAUUCUGGAUGCAGACCCUAUUUACUGGUAGCUAGUCACAAUUGAGACAUCCUGAAUCUUAUGAAGGUCUCUGCUUCUCAAAAGGAGUAGAUUGUGACAAAGUAAACUUAUUAUUAUUUUUUGUUAUGAUAAAUUCCGGUUCAAGGUAUGCUGUCUGUAAAAUUAGUUCUGACCAAAGCCAAAUUUGUACGAUUUGAUUAUCCAGCUUAGCCUACAAAUUCAGCGCUCUGACUUUUGAUUCUUUUAAAAAAUCCAUUAUCAGAUAGAAGACUUGGUAUUGUCUCUCAGCAGCCUGAAGCUGAGCCCAAAAGACCAACUAAGCGAAUACAUUCAUCUUGAUAAUUUAUUUGAAAUAGAAUGUUUAAUUUGCUAAGUUCUAGUGGAAUCACUAUGACUCAGCAACCAAGCUCCUGAUUAUGGGAAGUAAUUAUUAUUUAAUAAAUUUUGAAAUAGGCCUUAAGAUGCAUCAACCAAUUCUCUUCCUAUUUCAGCUCUUCAUUUAUAGGAAAAUUCUAGUAGAUUGUUUUGUUUUCCCUAUUAAAAUUACUAUAGGAAGAAAAAUUAAUUUGAGCAAGGUUUGGGAUGUGCUGUAUUUCACUGCAUCUAAGACAUCAUUGAUUGUAAGACACACCAUCACUUUAAUACUUUUGGGAAAUAAAAAUGCUGUUAAUUAAAAUAUGAUAUGUUACAACUUGUAAGAUACCUCUUGAUAACAGAUACUUGAAAGAUGCAUCUUAAAUCAGUGAAAUAGGGUCGUGCAUUCUUCUUUUGAGGUAGGUCUUAUGCUUUUUCUUUUUUUCUGGCUACCAAAUUUCAUAAUUAAAGGCAAAACAAACCCAGUUUGAGUUUCGUUUCUGUAGAGCACUUAGUGAGCAUAGCUUUCCCCAGGCCAGCAAGCUGGCUGCAUAAGUCCCACGUUUCAUCUGCAGGCUGGCUGAAUGCUGCUGCACCGUGCCUGGGGGGGACAGGACGUGGAGUGGCCUCCGGUGACCCAAAGCGCUCUACGCUUUCACGAAGGGUUUUGAUUUUCUUCAUGAGGUGCUGUGUAUCACCAUGUUUACACUGUGUGUAUAAAGAUCAUGCAAAGGUGCGGGUGUACGUAAUUGUCCCUUAAAAUGUGUCCGUGUAGAACGCAGACUCUCAGCAUGCCAACACCCUAAACGUGCAGAGGAAGAGAAGGACGAGAGAUGUCCCGGUGUGGGUGCUCCACCGAGGAUUAAAAGUAACCCAAAUCAAGAGCCGUGCACAAAACUACCUCCCCUGAGAAAGGCUAGUCCCUUUUCUUCCCCGUCCACUUCACUAUGAACAUUGUACAGAAUAGCCUGUUCUUGUCCAAUUUGCUGAAAAGCACCCCUGUGCUUGAGCUGAAAUACGACCAUUCGUGUGAACUCUAUAGAAUGUCCACCUACUCGGCGUUCCCCGCUGGCGUCCCCAUCUCCGAGAGGAGUCUGGCCCGGGCUGGUUUUUACUACACUGGUGUGAACGACAAGGUCAGGUGCUUCUGCUGUGGCCUGAUGCUGGACAACUGGAGACCUGGAGACCAUCCUGUUGAAAAGCACAAACAGCUCUAUCCCAGCUGCGCCUUUAUUCAGAAUCUAAACUCAGCCUGUGUUUCGGGAGCCAGCUCUCCACCUCCUCCUCCUUGUUCAGUAACAAACUCCACACAUCCACUGCCUCCCAGUUUGGAAAACACUGGAUAUUUCAGUGGGUCUUAUUCCAGCUUCCCAUCGAAUCCCAUGAACUUCAGACCAAAUCAGGAGUUUGCUCCCUGGAGGCCCAGCCCCUACAACGGUGCAGUGAAGACGGCGGAAGCCCGCUUACUCACUUUCCAGACAUGGCCCUUGACCUCUCCGCAGGCGCCGGAACUGGCCAGAGCUGGCUUCUACUAUGUAGGACCUGGGGACAGAGUGGCCUGCUUCGCCUGCGGUGGGAAGCUGAGCAAUUGGGAACCGAACGAUAACGCUCUGUCAGAACACCUGAGACACUUCCCCGACUGCCCGUUUGUGGAAAGUCAGCUCCAGGAUGUGCUGAGAUCCACCGUGUCCAACGUGAGCAUGCAGACCCACGUGGCCCGCCUGAGAACCUUCUGCAGCUGGCCCUCCCACGUUCCUGUCCGGCCCGAGGAGCUCGCCACGGCGGGCUUCUAUUACACGGGUCACAGCGACGACGUCAAAUGCUUUUGCUGCGAUGGCGGACUGCGGUGUUGGGAAUCUGGAGACGACCCGUGGGUGGAGCAUGCCAAGUGGUUUCCGAGGUGUGAGUACUUGAUACGCAUCAAAGGACAAGAGUUCAUCAGUCAAAUUCAAGCCAGUUACCCUCAUCUACUUGAACAGCUGUUAUCUACUUCAGACAACACAGAAGAUGAAAAUGCUGAAUCACCAAUUGUCCAUUUUGGACCUGGAGAAAACCGUUCAGAAGACGCAGUCAUGAUGAACACCCCCGUGGUGAAGGCCGCCUUGGAGAUGGGCUUCAGUAGAAGCCUGGUGAGGCAGACGGUGCAGAGUAAGAUCCUGACCACUGGGGAGAAUUACAGAACCGUUAACGAUAUUGUGUCUGAUUUACUUCACGCGGAAGACGAAAUAAAGGAAGAGGAGAAAGAAAGAGCAGCUGAGAACAGAGAAUCAGACGACGUAGCAUUGAUCCGGAAGAACAGAAUGGUGCUUUUCCAGCAUUUGACUUAUGUGCUCCCAAUCCUGGAUAGUCUGCUAACUGCCGGAGUGAUUAGUGAGCAAGAACACAGUGUGAUUAAGCAGAAGGCACAGACGUCUCUGCAAGCAAGAGAGCUGAUUGAUACUGUGUUAGUAAAGGGAAGCUUUGCGGUCACCAUAUUUAAAAACUCUCUACAAGAAACGGACCCCAUGUUAUACAAGCGUUUCUUUGUGCAACAGGACAUAAAGUAUAUCCCCCCAGAAAAUGUCUCAGAUUUACCAGUGGAAGAGCAGUUGAGGAGGCUGCAGGAAGAGAGGACGUGUAAAGUGUGCAUGGACAAAGAAGUUUCCAUAGUGUUCAUUCCGUGUGGCCACCUGGUUGUGUGCAGAGACUGCGCCCCGUCUCUACGAAGAUGUCCUAUCUGCAGGGGCGCAGUCAAGGGCACAGUGCGUACGUUUCUUUCAUGAGGAAGAUCCCAAACUUUGUCUACACUUUAAAAUUAAUGGAUUAAAUGUAUUGUAAUUUUGACUACUAUGCUGGUUGGUUUCCUUAAGAUAUUUAUCUGUUUGCAACUCAAAACUGAUAUAAAUAUAUAUCCAAAUGCUGUGAGCCGUAUGUACCUAAGAGAGAGUGAGAACGAUAGGCUUUUGUUCAUGUGAACAAAGAGCACUACAGGGACAAUACUAAAUCAGAAUUUCCGCACUACUGAACUCGUAAGUGAAUGAAGCUUUCAGAAUUUUAAAUACUUUGGAGUCGUAUUAAGAAACAGGAGCACGGAUUAUCUGCCUUUCUUGAUCCAAAUCCUGUAUGUAGAAGGUCUUGAUAUUUGUUGAAUGACUUUUUGGGGACUUGGUGGUUUUGUAAAGAAUUCUGUGAUGAACAUUUUAAUAAAGCCAUAAAAUUAC